AGAGGAGGAAACUGGCUACUGACAUUCUCCUUAAGCCUCCCACAAAUAACAGCCAUUAGUGGGAAGGUCAGGAGCUGAGCAGGCAGCUCGACUAAGGCACUGAGUACCACUUCAGAAAGCAAGAGGCUAGCAAAUUUUAGAGGGAGUUUAAGUGGGUAAUAGCUGGCUCUAAAGGUACAGCCACUGUUGGCACAAUUGACUCAUAGGGGCUGUUUUCCCCCCCCUCCUUCUUCUUCCUCCUCCCCUCCUCGUUCCAUGCAACAAGAAUAUUUUUAUUGACCACAGGUGGACUUAAUAUAUUUUAAGGCAACAGUUCUUUGGGCUCUUGUUUUUGUUUCUCAGAUAUUGAAUUUGCAGCUUUUGAGACUGGUUUUUGUGUGCGUGCGUGUGCUUAAUGGUGGUGAACUGGAGGGAAGUUUAACAGAAAAGCUUUCAGGAGAUGCCAGGAUCUAAAGGGGAAGACACAUUUGUGUCAACAUAGCGUUUGCUUUCUCAUCUUUCCUCAUUGCACACUAAUGACACACGGCUGCCACUGAAGCUUUCUUGUGAUUCUUUUGUUGUUUUGUGAGAGAGUGAGGUUUAUUGUUGUUCUCCAGUUAAGGGAGAGCUUGCGAGAGUGGUACAUUUGUCCUCUCAAUUUGUAGAUUUUAUUAGAAGAUGAAUGUUCCUUACACAUUAAGUUGAGAAAAACUAGACUCUUCUCCCCCAUUUCUUUUAACCUGACUUGGUGUUGGUGGUUGUUGUUUUUUUAUGAGAGGGCAUGAAUUUUGUUUUACAUUUUUGAAGUUGCAGUGUUUAUGUAAUCCAUGUAGGUGUUCUCUCCCUCUCGCUCCUCCCUCCGGUUUUUCCUCAUAGGAGACCAAAGUACGUAACAGUACUGGGAAAAUGCAAAGUGCAUUGUUCUAAAUAGAGCUUGGUUUUUAAAAAGUAGUUGGUGGCAGUGGCUUUCGGUUUUUCAUUGUAUCUAGCCUGUGUUAACAAUCUUUACGCUGGUGGCAAUCCUAAAAGGAAAUGCUGCGGUUUGUUUUGUUUUUCUGGAUAGAGUUGCCUUUUUAUUUCGUUCAUUUCACCCACUCCCUUUUGUGAUCUGAAAGGUUAUUGUAUAUUCCUCAUCCAAGAACUUUACGUUUUUUUAAAAAAUAAAUAAAUCAACUUUUGAUCUUUAUGGAAAAGAGAGAAGACACUUCUCUUUCCCCCGACUUCUGCUCCUUGAGGCAUUUUAGGCAAUUAACAGGGGAAAACAAAGAUGUGAGAGAUGAAACAUGCAUGCAGUUCUUUCCUAGUUUUCUUUUUAAAAGAAGUUGGAGAUCGUCUUAUUUCAUCCCACCCCCUUCUUUUUUGUCAGAAGAGGCAGAAGUGGAUGUGAGAGACAGAGACACUCAGAGAGACACAGAACGAAAGAGGGCAAGAGACUUGACUUUGAGAGACUCCUGUGCUGACAACUCCAUGCAGUUCGGAACAAGGACAGCAACGGCCGAAUCUGGUUUCAUGGGGACAUGGCAGAACGCUGACACUAACCUCUUGUUCAGAAUGUCCCAGCAGGCCAUACGCUGCACACUGGUAAAUUGCACGUGUGAAUGUUUCCAACCAGGGAAGAUAAACUUGAGAACCUGCGAUCAGUGUAAACAUGGAUGGGUGGCACAUGCUUUGGACAAGCUUAGCACGCAGCAUCUGUACCACCCAACUCAAGUGGAGAUUGUACAAUCCAAUGUAGUGUUUGACAUCAGCAGCCUAAUGCUCUACGGGACUCAGGCCGUUCCGGUGAGACUGAAGAUAUUGCUGGACCGACUCUUCAGCGUCUUGAAACAGGAAGAAGUGUUGCACAUCCUGCAUGGUUUGGGCUGGACACUUCGGGACUACGUUCGGGGUUACAUCCUUCAGGAUGCUGCAGGCAAAGUGCUGGACCGCUGGGCCAUCAUGUCCAGGGAAGAAGAGAUUAUUACCCUUCAGCAGUUUCUGAGGUUCGGGGAAACCAAAUCCAUCGUGGAGCUGAUGGCAAUUCAAGAAAAAGAAGGGCAGGCAGUGGCUGUUCCAUCUUCAAAGGCAGACUCAGACAUAAGGACUUUUAUUGAAAGCAAUAAUCGAACCAGGAGCCCGAGUCUCCUUGCUCACCUGGAGAACAGCAACCCUUCGAGCAUCCAUCAUUUUGAAAACAUCCCCAACAGCCUCGCAUUCCUGCUUCCAUUUCAGUACAUAAAUCCAGUCUCUGCCCCUCUGCUGGGUUUGCCACCGAACGGCCUCCUGCUGGAACAGCCCACCCUGAGACUGCGCGAGCCAAGCCUAUCGACCCAGAACGAAUACAACGAGAGCAGCGAGUCCGAAGUCUCCCCAGCACCUUUCAAGAAUGAGCAGGCAUCCAGCAGGAACGCCUUGACCAGCAUCACAAAUGUAGAGCCCAAAUCUGAGCCAGCCUCUGUGUCCCCCGUACAGACGUCCACCCCUAUCAACGAUUUGUCCAAGCCGGAACAUACGAAAAGCUCUUUCAGAAUUCAUAGGAUGAGGAGGAUGGGGUCAGCGUCGCGGAAAGGGAGAGUUUUCUGCAACGCAUGCGGCAAAACCUUUUACGACAAGGGCACCCUCAAAAUCCACUACAACGCUGUCCAUCUGAAGAUCAAGCACAGGUGUACGAUUGAAGGCUGCAACAUGGUCUUCAGCUCGCUCAGAAGUCGCAACCGUCACAGUGCUAACCCCAACCCCCGACUUCAUAUGCCCAUGCUAAGGAACAAUCGAGACAAGGAUCUCAUCCGCGCUACAUCAGGCGCCGCUACCCCUGUCAUAGCAAGUACAAAGUCCAGCUUAACGUUAACAAGCCCUGGCAGGCCUCCAAUGGGUUUUACCACUCCCCCGCUAGAUCCUGUGCUACAAAACCCUUUGCCUAGCCAACUUGUGUUCCCAGCUUUAAAGACUGUGCAGCCUGUUCCUCCUUUUUACAGAAGUUUACUUACGCCAGGCGAGAUGGUGAGCCCUCCAACCUCAUUGCCGACUAGCCCUUUAAUGCCAGCAGCUGGCACUGUAGAGCAGCUCCCUCUGCCACCUUCGGAAUCAACAGCCCCUGCGUUGAUGAUGCCCACGCAAGAGGCAAAUACUGACCUUGCCCCGAAGAAGAAGCCAAGAAAGUCCAGCAUGCCUGUAAAAAUAGAGAAGGAAGUUAUUGACACCGCCGACGAGUUCGAUGACGAAGAUGAGGAUGUCAACGAUAACCGGAGUGUGACUAACGACGGUGGUCAUGACAAUCACUGUCAUUCUCAGGAAGAAAUGAGCCCUGGGUUGUCUGUGAAAGACUUCUCAAAAAACGGGAGGAACAGGUGCAUUUCGAGGACGGAGCUGAGAAGGGCAGAUAGCAUGACGUCGGAAGAUCAAGAGCACGAGAGAGACUAUGAAAACGAGUCAGAAUCAUCGGAACCAAAACUGUGCGAGGAAUCCAUGGAAGGCGACGAACCCAUGAUGCAUGAAAGAAACCACACAUCCAUGAUGAACCACGACAGGCCAGAUGAAAACCACCACGGCAUUUCCCACCAAGAUGAAGUUAAGGUGAAGGAAGAAUUUACCGACCCUACCUAUGAGAUGUUCUACAUGAGCCAAUAUGGACUUUACAACGGGGGCAGUGCCAGUAUGGCUGCCCUUCACGAAAGCUUCACUUCCACUUUCAACUAUAACAGUCCCCAGAAGUUCUCCCCAGAGGGCGAUUUGUGCUCAAGCCCAGAUCCCAAGAUCUGCUACGUGUGCAAGAAGAGUUUCAAGAGCUCCUACAGCGUGAAGCUCCACUAUAGGAAUGUGCAUCUAAAAGAGAUGCAUGUCUGCACAGUGGCUGGUUGCAAUGCUGCCUUCCCUUCAAGGCGAAGCAGAGACAGACACAGUGCUAACAUAAACCUGCACCGUAAACUGUUGACCAAAGAACUGGAUGACAUGGGCCUGGACACUUCGCAGCCCUCGCUUAGCAAGGACCUCCGCGACGAGUUUUUGAUGAAGAUCUACGGCGCCCCGCAUCAGAUGGGCUUUGACAUACGGGAAGACACCUCCUCCCCGGCAGGUACUGAGGACUCCCACCUGAACGGGUACGGAAGGGGCAUGUCAGAAGAAUACAUGGUGCUAGACCUCAGCACCACCUCCAGCAUCCAGUCUAGCAGUAGCAUCCAUUCCUCCCGAGAAUCCGACGCAGGGAGCGACGAGGGGAUUCUCCUUGAUGACGUGGACGGCGCAAGUGACAGUGGGGAGUCGUCACACAAGGCGGACGCCCCAGCCUUAGGGGUCGGCGUGGGCGCCGAAGUCCCUGGCUCCCUCAUGUUCAACAGCGUUUCCAUGAGCAACGGGGGGAUUGUGUGUAACAUUUGCCACAAAAUGUACAGCAACAAGGGGACUCUCAGGGUGCAUUACAAGACUGUGCACCUGCGGGAGAUGCACAAGUGCAAAAUCCCUGGGUGCAACAUGAUGUUUUCUUCUGUCCGCAGCCGGAACCGGCACAGUCAGAACCCAAACCUGCAUAAAAACAUUCCCUUCGCUUCACUAGACUAGUUCAAAGAUGGACGUGGCAAACGCCAGUAGCUCUCGCAGAGGGUUUCCGCUACUUUGAACUGCCAUUUACAGACUAUUAUAUAAAUAUAUAUAUAUAUAAAUAUAAAUAUAUAUCUUUUUUUUCUUUUUUAACAAAACAGAAAAAACAAACACCAGGUGCUUUUUUUUUCCUUUUCCUUUUCCUAUUUUUCUUUUCCUUUUCUUGUUUGUCUGUUUUUAUUUUGUGUGGGUUGGGGUAGUAAGUUUAACCUGGGAGGAAAUUUCCACUGCUUCAAAGAGAACAAACGAACGUACACACACACACGAACACGAACACGAACAAACUUGCAUUUUGAAGCCCCACUUUUGUUAUAAAACCCGUGGUCAUCUCCAAAGAGACUGUUUCUUUUACCUUUGACUGUCGCCUGCAAUCUUGAGGAAGGGGAGAAAUGCAGCGGAGGGGGGGGGCACGAGGAAACACAGCACUGCAGAGAGAGGGGAGGAGGGAAAAAAGAACAAGUACAAUUGUCUUUUGUGUAUGUUAAACCUUUGAGAGGACCAUCAACUACACAUGGCUGUUACACUUGUAUAUAUUGAGCCUUGAAGGGCCUAUCAUGUAAAACAAUUGUAUUGAUGGUGGUUAACUUUUUGUUUUAUUUUUAUUUGGGGGGGUUGUUUUUUGUUCGGUUCGGUUUUACAUUUACAUCCAGCUGUUAGAUAUGCGGGGAAGGGGGGGAGAAUAGUUUGCUGGCUAGCUCUGUUCAUUUAUAUUAGCUUCAGUGCACAUUUAGAAAAAAGAAAAAAAGAAGAAAACACAAGGUCUUGUUUUUUAACUACCUGCUAGAGAUGCGUAAUGGGGAGGUGCUGGCAUGCUUUAGAGCACCUGAUCUGAUACAGUUUUUUUUUAAGGGAUUUUUUUUGUCUUGUUACUAUUACAUAAAUCCAGUCAUGCACUUUUUUCUUACACAAUGUGGGGAUGUGUAAUAAUAUCCAUACCCUUUUUUCCCUUAAAAAGUAUUGCCAUACUUUCAGUGUCUUAUUGAUUAAGAAAAAAAAGAAAGGAAAGAAUUAACACUUUGUUAGAAGUGGUCCGGUCAGUAUGGGGCGAGAAUGCCGAACAAAUAAAAUAAAAAAUAAAAGUGUUAAAUGUUAACACGAAACUGCCAACUUUGCACAAGUUUUCAGUAACCAAAAUAUAAUCAGCUGCUGUGGCCUGCGGGGAAAAAUAUCCUAGGAAUUUGGGAGCAAGGAGAGAAUACACAUGAAUGUCCUUCUCAGGUUCUAAAUAUUAUCCACAAGUGAGUCUGUAGGUUUAUAGACAAAGAAAGCAGCGCUUCGCAGUGUGAGACAUUUCUUCAACUGAGAAAGGAUGGGCUUCCAGUUGAAAUUGUCCAGUUGAAUUGUGUGGGACUUACUUUUGAUCUGCAGUAGCUUAGAAGGAGGUCACAGUGACUUAAGGGCCAAAUCCGAAUUCCUGAAAUGAAUUUGUAUGUUCUCUACUGAAGACUUGGGCUUUAGUUGCAUGAAAAUGAAAAACAAUUCUAACCUCUGCAAAGUUGUCUGGUGUGCACUGGAAAGUGCCGAGGUAUGAUCAAGGCAUGGUUUUUUGGUUUUUUUUAAUAGAAGCAAUCGAAAGCCAUUAAUGGCACAAGCACUUAAAGCUUGGAAACGGUGUGCCAUUCAUUAGAUUGGGUAACUUCCCCUUUGGAGAAAUCGGAAGCUGGUGGCUGCGUAUAGGGAGGGACCCAAACCGAAAAUUCAUGUUUUCAUCUUUUGUACUUUCCCAACAUGAUUUGUCAGAGAACAAUUACAGUAGAGUUGGGAAAGAGUGUGUUAGAGGAGAGGCCAAUGAUUGAGGAAGACAGGGAGAAGCUGCUCACCAAAUCUUUUUUUCUUCUUCUUUUUGUUUCUGGUGUUUACAUGUGUUGUCUGAGCAUGGCAAACCGCACUGGCAGCCUGUGUUACCACAGCAUACUGACUGAAUGAUGAUAUUUACUUAAGCUCAGCCUACAGCCAAGACCAUUAUGGUGUGUGUCAUAUAACAGAUCUUUUCUCUCUCUUUUUUUUAAAGAAUACACAAGGAAUAUUUCCGCACACAGUGCAUUGCUAACUCAAAGAGAGUGCUUUUCUUUCCUAGAACAUUUCUCUUGUAACUGCGAAACCAGAAAUACUUGGGUUGCUUUCAGCUUCCAAGUUGACUCUGUUGUGCAAUUUCAACCACUGUUCAUUGCAAAUUGGCAUUAGCAAUCCAGUCUUAAUUUUACUAGCGGAAACUAUUCCAGUUAAAUAGAUUCCCCCGUCUUCCUUGGCCCUCAUCCACCUCUAGUUAGUUGUGGCUGAGUCUCAUUUGAACCAACAGGAAGACGUUAGUCUCAACUGAACUAAACCCUAUCCUUUCAUUGAGACUUAGGCUUGUCUAACUUUCCCUUGUUUGAAAGCAGUAUAUGCUACAGUACUUUUUUUCUCCUAAAACAAAAAUAUAAAUACUAGUUGCAGUAUCUCCAUGUGUGUGUAAAAAAGAAAAAGAAAAAGAUGUCUUUAUUAAUUGAAAUGCCUUAUCUUAGGCCAUAUUUCUUUGUUUUCAAAUAGUGGACACAACUUCUGACAUUAUUUACAGAUUUCCUACAGACUCUUUUAAAAGUGUUACCGACCAGUAUGUCAAAAAAAUAUGUUUACAUCAAAAACCUCCACAAUUUUUGCUGACUUGAUUUUUUUUUUCAUUUGUGCUUUUGUCUUUUUUCCAAAGUCUUAAUUACUUUUGUUUAUAAAAAUUAAAUGGAGAGAUGCUUUGUUUUGUUUUAUGCUACGUAUGUACGGUAUGCUUGUGAAAGGGAACAUAGAAAAGUAAAGGUUUGUUCUUCCCAAACAAAUUAACUUUUGUAGUGUUAUCUGUACUGCACUGUCUCUUCAAACCCUGCCCUCUGCCCAGCUAUUAGGAACCAAGCGAGAAGAAAUGUUGAAAAAGGCAAAACAAACCUUAAAAAAUGGCUAAAUGAUAUCUGAGGAACAUUUUUUAAAAAAAUUUAAAAACCCAACACUGUUUUUGAAGUAUGUAAGGUAUAAAUAAAUAUCGUUUUUAAUGAAAAACAUAUUUGAGGUAUAUAAAUAAUUCUUUCCUGAAUAAAUCACUGUUCUGCA